CACAAAGGUCAAAACUGAGGGAGGAGACACACAGUUUUACCUUUACAGACACACAUACCCGAGAGAGACUCCCUCACACAUUAGCGACACGAUUAUACCUGAGAGAAACGAUUAUACCUGAGAGACACGAUUAUACCUGAGAGAAACAAUUAUACCUGAGAGAAUCGAUUAUACCUGAGAGAAAGAGGUUUAUACACCUAUCACAGACUCACACACGGGGGGACAGUCCAGAGGCCGGGAGGACUGUCAUCAUGGCUGUGGUCACAGAGCUGCAGAAGAUAGGGAUGGGACUGAUGGGGUUCGGGAUGUUCUUCCUGCUCUUUGGUGUGUUGUUGUACUUUGAUUCAGUCCUGCUGGCUUUUGGGAACGUCUUGUUCCUGAGUGGUCUGAUGUUGAUCGUGGGCGUGAGGAGGACGGCUCAAUUCUUCUUCCAGAGACACAAAUUUAGAGGUUCCUUCUUCUUCCUGGGGGGCGUGGCCUUGGUGCUCUGCCGCUGGCCAAUCAUCGGCAUCCUAGUGGAGAGUUAUGGCUUUGUGCUUUUAUUCAGGUCAUUCUUCCCGAUGGCGCUAAGCUUUGUGCUGUCAGCUGUCAACAUCCCGUUUCUUAAUGCGAUGUUUCCCAGCAGCUCGUCGAUGGUCUGAGCCAUGAAGAAGGAGAAGUGACGCUUACCUGCUAACCCCUAACCCCCUAACCCCCUAACCCCUGACCCUUCAUAAGUUUACAUUCAAAACCAUCAGACAAAUAAAAUAAUGAUUUAUAAAUAUUUAA